AUGGUUAAUUUAUUCAGUGUUAAAGCCAUAGAAAGUGCAAAGCCUAUUGUGUUGAUGAUAGUGGUUCAAUCAAUAUAUGCAGUAGUGAAUAUAAUGUUAAAAAUGGUAGCAAAUGAUGGAUCAAGCUUAAGUGUUCUUAUUGUUUAUAGAUUUGUAUUUUCUACUGCCUUCACUGUGCCAUUUGUUUUCUUCUUUGAAAGGAAAAGUGUGCAAAAUUUGACUGGAAAGGUGCUAUUCCAAGCUUUUCUUUGUGGAUUAUUUGGGGGAUCAUUACAACAAAACUUGUAUAUUGAAUCAUUGGCUUUGGUAUCUGCAACAUAUACUAUAACCAUGUUAAACCUCAUUCCUGCCAUUACCUAUGUCCUGGCUGUUUCUCUAAGAAUGGAGAAGCCAAAUCUUGGAACACCAGCUGGGAAGGCAAAGUUGAUGGGAACAUUAAGUGGAAUUUGUGGUGCAAUGAUCCUAACUUUAUAUGAAGGCAAAAGAUUAUUUAACUUAUCAUUGCACAUUGAUUUGUUGCAAAAUGUUACAUCAACAACACAUCAUUCCCCUGCUGGUUCUCAUGUUUGGGGACUCAUGUUAGCUUUAGGCACUGCUCUCAGUUUCUCACUAUGGUUUAUAACACAGUCGAAGAUGAGUGAGAAUUUUCCAUGGCAUUAUUCAAUUGCGGCUUUAACCUCUAUAAUGGGUGCAAUCCAAUCUUUCAUAUUUGCGAUUUGUACCGAGAGAGAUUGGAGCCAAUGGAAGCUUGAUUGGAAUUUGAGGCUUUUGACAGCAGCUUCCGCGGGUAUAUUGGCCUCUGGAGUGUGCUUUGUUCUGUUGGCUUGGUGUGUGGGCAUGAAGGGACCCUUGUAUGUGUCUGCUUUUAAUCCUCUAAUGCUCGUUCUCGUGGCCUUCAUUUCGUCGUUCGUAUUGAAUGAGUACAUUACAGUUGGAAGUCUAACAGGAGCCGCGUUGAUUGUUUGCGGAUUGUACAUGUUACUGUGGGGUAAAAGUAAAGAAGCGAGGAAAAUGCAUAAUAUAAAUGAAAUAGCUUCUGCAAUAGACACUGUUGAAUGUGAUUCAUUUCACAAAGCCAACAACUCAGCUUUAUCUUGCAUACAGAAGGAGCAUGACAAGAAGAUGGCAACUAUUGGUCCCAAUGUAUCACGAAAUAUCAACAACAAUACUUUAGGGGAAAUCCAAACAAACAUUUGA